AUGCUCGUUGGCCUGGCGGCCGGCGGCAGCUUCUACGAGGAGUGCGACGCGACGUGGGAGCCCCAGAACUGCUGGGCCUAUGACGAUGGCAACAGGCUCUCCCUCGCGCUCGUCAGCAGCUCCUCAGGCUCCAUGAUCCGGUCGAAGCGGCAGUUCGUGUACGGGACCGUGUCCACCAUGAUCCAGCUUGUCCCCGGCGAUUCCGCCGGCACAGUCACCACCUACUAUACGUCGUCGCUGGGCGACAACCACGACGAGAUCGACUUCGAGUUCCUUGGCAACGUGAGCGGGCAGCCCUACACCAUCCACACCAACGUGUACGCUGCCGGCGUGGGCAACAAGGAGAUGCAGUUCAAGCCAUGGUUCGACCCCACCGCCGACUACCACAACUACACCAUCUCCUGGACUCCCUGCAUGAUCGUGUGGUACAUCGACGGCGUCCCCAUCCGUGUGUUCCGCAACUACGCGGCGACCCACGGCGUGGCGUUCCCGACGAGCCAGCCCAUGUACGCCUACUCCAGCAUCUGGGCGGCGGAGGACUGGGCCACGCAGGGCGGCCGCGUCAAGGCCGACUGGUCCAAGGCGCCCUUCGUCGCCAGCUACCACGGCAUCGACCUCGACGUCUGCGAGUGCUACAGCGGGGGCUGCGUCUCCACCUGCGCCGCGGCGUUUGCCGGCGGCUCCUGCAGUAGCCUGAGUGACGCGCAGGUGGGGAAGAUGCAGUGGGUGCAGAGCAGCUACAGGAUCUACGACUACUGCGCCGACCCCAAGCGCUUGGUCAACGGCCAGAAGCCGGUCGAGUGCGACCUGCCGCAGUACUGA